AUGUACCCCAACUACUUUAGCUUGAGGGUAUUUGAUUAUGGUAGGUUAAGGUACAUAGGAACAAGAACCAACGACCAACUCACGAGUCAGACUCACGUUCACUUCACAAACAAACCAUCCAUCAUCAACUAUCAACCAUCAACAAACCAACAACGCCAACAACAGCAACAACAACGAUAA